AUGGAGUGUGAAAAUUUUGAUCUCGAAAACCCUUUACCAAUCUCAGAUGAUUCAUUAUCAGUCAAUGAAUCAAGACCAUACUCUCUGCUCUUCAGCAUUGAGGAUGAUUACAUUCCCUGUAAUAAAUACAGUCAAGAAUGUCAUCCGCAUUUAAGACAAGAAACCUUCUCCUCAAUCUUGCAAAUUUCUCAUAAAUCUGAUCGUUUUUCAUCCUACCUUGCCAUCAACUAUCUCGAUCGUUUCCUUUCCUCUCAACCCUUUCUGGAAGGGAGGCCAUGGAUCUUGAGACUUGUUGCGGUUGCCUGUGUUUCAUUAGCAUUGAAGAUGAGAAAAACAGAGUCAGUUUCCAUCAUGGAUUUGCAGAUUAAUGCAGGAGGAGGAUUCAUGUUUGAUUGUAAAACAAUUGAGAAGAUGGAGCUUUUGGUUCUUGGAGCUCUGAAAUGGAGAAUGAGGUCCAUCACACCAUUUUCUUUCAUCAAUUACUUCAUCACAUUGUUCCAAUUCAAAGACCUCCCAUCAAUGCAAGCUCUGAAAUCUAGAGCCACUGAAAUUAUGUUCAAAGCUCAAAAUGAAACCAAGCUGUUGGAGUUCAAGCCUUCAAUCCUCUCUGCAUCAGCACUUCUUUCUGCUUCUCAUGAAUUAUUUCCUCUUCAAUUCCCAUCCUUCAAGGAGUCUAUCCUAAGCUGUUCAUAUGUAAAUAAGGACACAUUCUUAAGGUGUUACAUUAUGACACAAGAUUUAGCAAUGGAAGAUUAUGAAUCUGCAUUAGAAACUGCUUACACUCCAGCAAACGUGCUUGAUUUGCAGUACUCCUCCAGCUCAUCAUCAUCUACCUCACAAAAUGCCGAAAACGGUCUAACUCUUCUUCAUCAAGCUAGCAGCGCAACUGCCUCUGCCAUUACUACGCUUAGGCUGGAGAAGGACUUGAAACGUAGAAAGAUUGAUGGAGCUGAUGACGCAGUUCACAUAUUUCAGGGUCAUACUGAUGAAGUCCUAAGUGUUGCAUGCAGUCCAACUGAUCCUAAUUUAGUGGCUACAGGGGGUAUAGAUGACACAGGAUUUCUCUGGAACAUUUGUCAAGGAGAUUGGGUUUUUGAGUUAAAAGGUCAUAGUGAUUCGGUUUCUACUUUAGGAUUCAGCUUUGAUGGUCAAUUACUUGCAUCCGGAAGCUUUGAUGGACUAGUGAAAGUGUGGGACAUAUCAUCGCAGAAUGUUCUGAAUGAAAAUGAUUGUUUACAGUGGGUUAAGUGGCAUCCAAGAGGACAUUUGGUCUUGGCAGGUUCUGAGGAUUCCUCUGUAUUCUUGUGGAAUGCUGUCAGUGAGCUUCUCCUUAACAUGUUUUCUGCGCAUAAUACCACUGUUACUUGUGGCGAUUUCACCCCAGAUGGACAUACUUAUCACACUGAAGGAUUGACAUGCUUGAGUUUAAGUUCUGAUUCCACCCUUGCUCUUACCGGUUCAAGUGACAGCUCAGUUCAUCUAGUGAACUUGAGAACAGGAAAAGUUUGA